CGCACAUAAAAGAUUUGAUGGAUCCGCCAAACCACUUAAAGAAGGUUCUUGUCGUAGCUGACAUGUUUACGAAGUAAAUAUGGCGGCAAAAGAAAACAUGGCCCCGACUGAGCACCAUGUAUCAGAUGUGGAAAGUGUAGUUAAUAGGUGGAUUUUGGACUACUACAUAUCCCUGGCAUUGGAUACUUUUAGGAAUGAACAGUAUACAGAUUUCUGUGAGAUUAGAGACGUACUUCAAUCCCUUCUUGUUCGUCCGUUGGAAGCAAACGAAGUCAUAACCAAGAAGAUCCGAGCAAUACAGUUUCUCACCCGGAUAAACGACGGCGACAAACUCGACUACUUAUUUGAGUCUCAAGAGCCUCUUACCCCUCUGGAGUCUGCUAUGAGCGUCUUGGACAACAUCAGAGAGGAGAUGACUGUUCCUCCAAAAGACCUGGAGAGAGUGCAAAAGUCUAUCAGAGAGAUGUUGGUGAUUGUGUGCAUCAAGAAAAAAGAGUUUGACAGAGCCAAGGAGGUAUUAAUGAAAUACUUUCCCAAAGGCAUGGUUGGAAAGAAAGCCAUCUUCCUGGGUCUGGUCAAAAACAGGAGCAGUGAGCAUCCAGCUCUGGAGCAGGUCACCUACCAUCAGUUUAAACAGGAGAUGCUGCACUUUUGCCAAGGCCUCUUUAGCUACUCCCAGCCCUUCCUGUGCAGGGCUGCUGAUCAGCUGUUAGUGAAGAGACAGGAAGCACAACUGAAGGUCAAUGAAGGAGACUGUUGCUCAGACCACCAGAGACUCUCAGAGGACCACCUUUUAUCAGCAACACCCCCUGCUGGUCAACAGAACGCCUGCGGACUCAAACCCAGUGCCGUGCCUUGUGCCGUCCAGCUGACCCGCAGCCAGCUGAAGGCUGCUUAUACAGCGCUGGCCGAGGAGCUGGGAGAAUCCAGGACCUUCAGCCAGCUGGAGGAUGAAGUGGAGAGGGAGGUGAAGAAGGAGAACGCAAGAGGGGUUGCUGCUGUGGACCUAGAGGGAACUGUCUUGCCCCUCUCUGGUAGCCCGAGACAGGGCUCCGAUGCUGUGCCGGAGCAGGAAGUACCCGGGUCCCAGAGGGACUCUGACAGUCCCAUGGAGGCUUCCCCUGCGGACCUGGUUCCCGCAGCAGAGCUGGCCCAAGAAGCAGAGCCCCAGGACCCCCCUGCCCCUGCUCAGAUGUCGGCAUCCCCACAAUGGAGGAGCAGAGGCUGGCCUUGCACAGUAGCCCGGCUGGUCGUUGAUCCAGACAGCCAGGAAUCCACCGACUUCCCGGGAAAUGGUCCCGCAGCGGACGGGGAGGAGGAGCCAGCAGCGGACGGGGAGGAGGAGCCAGCAGCGGACGGGGAGGAGGAGCCAGCAGCGGACGGGGAGGAGGAGCCAGUAGCUGAAAGGGUGAAAUCAGGCAGCAGGGAGUACUCACUAAGUCCCACUCCCAGUCAAACCCCACCCAGACGAAAGUACCGCAAGCGACGGGCAUGCAAGAUGAUCUCCCAGACUCCUUCAGACAGCGAGGACGAAGUGAUUAUUAUGGAUGACUCCCCAGAGCCCUCUGCUAAUAAAAGACGGGCGCCCCGAACCACCACCUUACCUCAGAACAGCUCCAACCCCCAGAGAGGCUCAUCCACUAAGAGGAGCUCUACAAAUAACAGCAGCUUCACCCACCAGAGAAGUCCCACCCCUCAGAAAAGCUCCACUCACCUGAGAAGCCCUAGUCCUCAAAAAGUCUCCACACACCAGAGAAGCCCUAGUCCUCAAAAAGUCUCCACUCACCUGAGAAGCCCUAGUCCUCAAAAAGUCUCCACACACCAGAGAAGCCCCACCCCUCAGAAAAGCUCCACUCACCUGAGAAGCCCUAGUCCUCAAAAAGUCUCCACACACCAGAGAAGCCCCACCCCUCAGAAAAGCUCUACUCAUCGGGGAAGCCCCGGCCCUAAAAAAGGCUCCAUUGACCAGAGAAGCUCCACCCCUAAGAAAGGCUCCACCCACCUGCGAAGCCCCAACCCUCAGAAGGCAUCUACCAGACAAAAUGAAACCGAUUCCAAGUGGAAGAAACUGAUCAAUUUAGCCACAGAGUCCAAGGACCGCUGGAGUGAUGAGGAGAAUUUGUUUGACUCGCCACAAAAAGAAGGUUCUGGAAAUGACACCAUUUCAAGCGGAGCUGGCAAAAGGAGGAGGUGGACAGCCGAGGAGACCGAGUGGGUGAAGGAUGGAGUGAAGCGAUUCGGAGAGGGGAACUGGGGGAAAAUCAAGUCUACGUUCCCUUUUGUCGGCCGCACAUCUGUCAACAUUAAGGACCGCUGGAGGACCAUGCUGAAACUGAAGAUUGUCUGAGGGGCUGGGCAGUAUCCCAUAAGGACCACACACCAGUAAUAGAGACAUACUAUGCAUUAAACACUGCUUUCUCUAGUUUUUCUACUGCAAGAUGUUAUGCAAUGGUCAGACUUGCAGAGAUUAGGAGCACACUCUUAAAAGGGAGUGCUCCUAAUCUCAGCGUGUUACCUGUAUAAAAGAAGACCUUAGGUAUGGAAGAGGAGCAGAGGAACAAAUGCAGAAUUAUUGAAAAACAUUUUCUUUACACAAAAGAUGUUGAAAUUGAUUUUGCUUAAACAAUAAAUGUCUGUGUGACAGGCAUCAACAAGGACAGGUUGAGCAGCAAAGGGGUUCUAGGCCUCUUGGGACUAAGCGUGAGAAAAUGGGAGACUUCUGGUUAAAAGUUCCUGUAAUAUGUACAUUUUAUUUGCCACUUUUUUUUUUUAACAUGUUUGCUUUACAAAUACAAAUUUCAUCUCUGUAGUCUUCAUUCUGAAAUCAAUUACCAAACUCACAUUCCCAGUUGAUUAAAUGUCUGUCCUGUUGUUUAGCUUGGUGCAAAGUCUCCAGGCUGGUUUAGUUUCAAAACAUAGCCGGUAGAAAUUCCUUGGUGUCUACAUUUUAUUUCACAAUUUGGAAAGGGGAGUCUGUUCAGCAUAAAGGAAUACACAAAAUACUUCUCAAUGUUCUGGAAAAUCCAAAACAUCGGAUUGCCACGUGGGUCACAGCCCUGGUCCAUCCCUUAGGACUCCUACUCUGGUGAAGAAGUGUGAAGAUACCGUGCGGUAUUGUGACAAUUUAGGAUCUGCAUAGCCACAGCACCGAGUAUAAUCUGACAGUUGACCUGAUUAGCUUCGGUCCAGGAUUAGGAAAUGAUAUCACACAUGCAGACAUUCUAAUCAUGAAGGGACAGUGAUUCCAGAUCAUGGUUUUAUUUUACAAAACAUUCAAUAUAUAUUACAAAGCAGUUCAGUGUAGGUUUCGGUAUGGUAGAUUUUGCUGAGGAAGAUAGUACCUAAGCACUUCUGACUGUACUUAAAGUUCCCAUGCUUAAACCAAAUAUACAGCUAACUACAUGAACACUGGUUUUAAAUGUAGAGAGGAAACCAUUACAUUUGUUUCGGUGGGAGAUUUACAGGUUGCAAGGCCAUUAGGGAACACUGGUUUAGCAUGGCCGGUUGGGGUAAAGAUUUU